GCUGCGGACGCUUCGAAGGAUCACCUUUCAGAUCGAUCGUUGCACUGAAAAAAAUAUUAUUGUUCCCAAAUCGGGAGUAAAAAUUUAUUUUUGGGCUGGAAUUGGUCAUGUUUUUUUUUAGAAACACAACCAAUUCCAGAAUUUUUAGAAAAUUUGGGGGAACUUGAGAAAUUUCUCUACGAUUCUGUAGGAAUUUUGGAGGCUCUUAAAAACCUCGAGGACUUUCAGGAAAAUUUUAGAUGUUCGGGAAAAUGCCCGGAAAGGCUAGAUGCUCUUAUAUUUCAGAAAUGAAAUUAAAAUGUCUCCAACAGUGAAGAUCCUCACAAACGUAAGAUCCCAAUCUGCACUCGCGCUACAAUCCUCCAUCCGAGGAAAGCAAUCACACCAAUAUCCUUUCUCCCGUAAUUUCUUCUUUCACAUCCGCCUCCCCCUUCCCAUAAACAAUUUUCAUUCCCCCGAAUGAUUCACUUUCUUUUUCACAAUUCCCUCAAAAAUCGUUUGUUUUCUAUCGCAAUAAGAGCCAGAGUCCUUCGGCCGUAGUUCACCUGCUCGUGAAAAUGAAACGAUUGAGAUAAACCCCUUCCCCAGAGGAGAAAAAAAUUUUUUUAAAAAGUGGGAGGCAAAACUCUCUCUCUGUCUCUCCUCGGGGGCCCAAUGAUCGUCGACUAGUGGUCAGUCAAACUUUCACGCUCCGCGUGAAUAUUCCAAAGCAGAACUCUCGGGCUGAAUUUUCCUCAUUUCCUUACCGAAGUAUAUCAUGGAGAUCGCCGAUAAAGAAAUCAUUUUCCGUCACCGGAUUUGAGCGGAUGAAAAAUUCCAGAGUUGAAGUGCGACCUAAAGUAAUACCAGAGCUUAAACAAUAAAAAGAUGUAUAUUUUAUUACAAUAAAUAAUCCGUGAGUGGCGAUUUGUAAGUGUUUUUAAUCGUGAAACGAAUAUAUUGUGAAAUGUGGAGUAAUUGUGAUUAUCACUGUACAUUAUUAUUUAAAUUCACGAAAUUACUAGAAUAAAUGAAUAAUUAGGUGGAACGAAAUAAAUGAAAAAUGAGAUAGUAAAAAAUAAUUGGAGUGAGUUUGAAGUUUAAAUAACCAUGAAUGAGUGGAGUUUGUUCAUGUGAAUUCAAUGGAAUCACUUUGCGAUGAUAAAUGUCCCGAUCAGUUUUUAAUUUAGCAUGACAAGGGAUUAUUUAACAUAACAAAAACCAGAGGUGAAUUGGCGAAAAGCCACUGCAAGAGGACAGAGUCUACUAGUUGUCAUUGCAUUCUAUAAAUUAUCCCUGACUAGUGGCUGAAGACAGUAUUUGCAGCGGUUUAUCUGUCGAGCUUUCAGGGCAUCCGUUUGUGAAGACAAAAUGCUGAAGGAUCUGAUGAUCAUCCUGUGCUCUAUCACUGGGUUUGCCAGUGGUUACAAUGUACUCUUGGCUACUAUGGGUGGCACCAAGUCACAUACUGUACCAUUUGUUGCGCUUGGCAGUGCUUUGAGGGUGAGAGGACACAAUGUCACUCUCGUCAGUGCUUUUCCCGGGCCAGCAGCCAACAAUGGACUACGGGAGAUGGUGCCUUCCAUUCUUGAGGCUUACAUCGGCAACUACACAUCAGAAUGGGAUCUUGUUGGUGCGCGAUACAGAAACGAGUUGCCACUUUCACCGUGGGAUGCAAUGCGAUACGGCUGGGAGUCUUGCGAAGCACUAUUGAGAGAUGAGAGUUCAAUUGCCGGACUGAGGAGACCCGAAUUUUCCUCGGAGGAUGCUCCGGAGCAUUGGGACGUUGCCGUAAUCGACGGAGCAUUUCCAGAAUGUCUCCUGGGAAUUAUCCACAGGGAAAAUAUACCGACCAUGAUGCUGAAUACGGUUGCCCUGUACGAGGGCUCGAUCUCGCUCCAGGGUAACCCCUCCCCGUGGUCGAUCACCCCCUACUUCGGUCGUGGCUACACCCAGGAUAUGAACUAUAUGGAGAGGAUCGUCAACGUCGCCUGUCUCUCCAUUCUCAAAUGCAUGCACUGGUUCAUGACCACAAACUACAUUCAGCCGACGUUACGCAAAUAUUUGGGGUACCAAGUGCCGGAUGUUCGAGAACUAGUUUCGGAAGUGCCAGUGACCCUCCAGAACAGUCAUUACGCAGUAGCAGACUCUCUCCCAUAUCUAUCGAAUGUUGUAAACGUCGCCUGCCUCCAUUGUCGUCCACCCAUGGGCCUGAGUCCCGAUCUGGAAUCAUUUCUACGAAAAGGAUUUAUAUUUGUCUCCAUGGGUUCGUCCGUGAGGGCCUCGGGAAUGCCCGACAGCCUCAGGGAGAUGUUUGUCGCGGCAUUCGCGACUUUGCCGUUCAAUGUCGUGUGGAAAUGGGAAGGCGGAAAAAUUGAUAAUUUACCGAGCAAUAUCAGAACCGGGGCGUGGUGGCCCCAGCAGGAGCUCCUGGGGCACAAGGAUCUGAGGGGAUUUGUGUCACAUGGGGGACUGUUGUCACUCCACGAGGCAGCUUACCAUGCUGCACCCACUCUUGUACUUCCUGUUUUCUGCGAUCACGAUGGAAAUGCUGCUCAGGCUGAAAAAUUGGGUUACGCUCGAGUAAUAAAUUUGGAAAAUCUGUCAAUAACUGGACUCCGCGAGGCAAUUCUCAAAGUGGCAUCUAUCCGAGAUAAUCCAUACAAAGAAGCUGCUAAAAGACGUAGUGCAUUGUUGAAGGAUCAACCGUUGAGCUCAAGCGAGCUUGCUAUCUGGUGGGUCGAGUAUGUUGCUAGACAUCGUGGGGCCGAACACAUGAAAAGCUCCACGAGGCACAUGGGAGUUGUCAGGUAUUACUCGAUCGACGUACUGGCUUUUUAUGCAGUUGCGAUUGUACUGUUUGUCCAGGUAUUUCGCAUAUUGCCGCGAAAAGCCUCACGGGGUGAGCAGAGGGUAAAAGGAAAGAUUGACUGAUAUUAUUUUUCUUGUAAUUCUGUAGCAAAAUGCGGAAAUUAGACAAGUCAACUCUUUACAAGGGUUAUCGCUGGGUUUUGGAAAUUUUACGAGAAUAUUUUUUGCGGAAUAAAUUCUUUCAGUCAAAAUUCUCAUGUAAAAAACAUCUGGUGGAUAGAGCACAAGAAUUACUUCAUUCGUUUGUUUAUCUUUGCGGAGGUACUGAGUUGAUUUGUCUUUUGAUCGUAUCACUACUGACGUUUUUGUACAUUUCCCUUAUUCCAGUGAAAUUAAUUGUUUAUUUAUUAACAGAGAUUGUACAAUGUAUUUUUGAUGUAUGUGACGGCUAAUACAUGAAAGAUAAAUGAAAAAAAAACAGGUUUGUU